AUUAGCGGAGGGACAACAGCCUUGGGCUCGGGGACAGGGGGGACGGGGCCACCCGCCGCCUCGCCUGGAUGUAGGAAGCCCGGGCUUGGCCAGAGAGGACCAGGCGCUGAGGUGGGCAAGGACGGGGGGACCUCCCCCCAGCCCCUGGGGGCACCAUGAAGGACCGGCUGGAGCAGCUCAAAGCGAAACAGGAUGCAGACGAUGACACCGAGGAGCUGGAGAUCGCUGUGGACAACACAGCGUUCAUGGAUGAGUUCUUCUCAGAGAUCGAGGAGACCCGGCAGAACAUCGACAAGAUCUCGGAGAACGUGGAGGAGGCCAAGAAGCUCUACAGUGUCAUCCUCUCGGCUCCCAUCCCCGAGCAGAAGACCAAAGAUGACCUGGAGCAGCUGACGACAGACAUCAAGAAAAUGGCCAACAGCGUCCGCAACAAGCUGAAGAGCAUGGAGAGAAACAUUGAGCAGGAUGAGGACAGGUCCUCUGCCGACCUCCGGAUACGCAAGUCCCAGCACUCGGUCCUGUCCCGCAAGUUCGUGGAUGUGAUGACCAAGUACAACGAGGCGCAGGUGGACUUCCGCGAGCGCAGCAAGGGGCGGAUCCAGCGGCAGCUCGAGAUCACCGGCAAGAACACGACAGACGAGGAGCUGGAAGAGAUGCUGGAAAGCGGGAACCCCUCCAUCUUCACCUCGGGGAUCAUGGACUCGCAGAUCUCGAAGCAGGCGCUGAGCGAGAUCGAGGGGCGGCACAAGGACAUCGUGCGGCUGGAGAGCAGCAUCAAGGAGCUCCAUGACAUGUUUGUGGACAUUGCCAUGCUGGUGGAGAACCAGGGAACCAUGAUCGACCGCAUCGAGAACAACAUGGACCAGUCCGUCGGCUUUGUGGAGCGGGCAGUGGCUGACACCAAAAAGGCUGUGAAGUACCAAAGUGAGGCCAGGAGGAAGAAGAUCAUGAUCAUGCUGUGCUGCAUCAUCCUUGCCAUCAUCUUGGCUUCCAGCAUCGGGAGCAUCUUCGCCUGAGAUCCUCCACCAGCUGCCCUCCAGGUGGCCUUUCCCCCUCCUGCCCCCCACGUCCUGGAUGAUCCCACCUGCAUCCAACCUGCGGCUCCAGCCAUGGGAGAGACCCCGGGACCCUCCUGCCAAGCCCUCAGCCCUGCAGCCCCGAGGACAUUCCAGAGGAGCAGAGGAGCCCACCUGCCCUGCCCCCCUUUCCUUCCCUCCCACCACUAGGUGAACAUCCCAAAGUUCCCCCCCCCAGAUAUCUUUGCUCCCCAUCCUCCACUUUGGCUGGUGGUGACAAAUCAGCCCCUUCCUCGGUGGCAGAGCAGCCAGAGGAGCCAUGUCCCUCCCCGGGGCAGCGUGCGGGUGAUGGUGAGGGCUCUGCCUUGCUUGGGGUGGAAGUUGGAGCCUCUCUCCUCGCUCAGAGCUUCUCCACGGUGACUUCUCCAUCUUGUUGGCUCUUGGGAUGUGCAGCUGCCCACACCAGAGCCCUCCUCCUGAAUAAAAAC